CCAUGGAGGCGCUGCGGGCGGCGGGACGCGCCGUGCUCCGGAGCCCCGGCCUCGCCCGCCACCGCCUGGGCGUCUCCCGCCUGCGCCGCCACCCGCACCGCCACCAGCUGCCUGAGAGUUGGGCCGACAUGCGUGAGCCCCUCCUGGAGGGCAUGGGCUUUGCCCUCAAGUACCUGGGCAUGACGCUGGUGGAGAAGCCCAAAGGGGAGGACAUGGCAGCGGCAGCCAUCCACCGGAUCAUCGCCAUGGCUCGCGUGGGGCCCAAGAAGUUCCAGAAGGUGCUGCUGACCGUCUCCCCGCGGGGGCUUUCUCUGCAAGACGCGGACACCAAGGAGACCAUUGAGACCAUCUCUAUUUACAGGAUUUCCUAUUGCACCACAGACAAGCUGCAGAACAAAGUCUUUGCCUACGUGGCCCAGAACCCACAGAGUGGAGCCCUGGAAUGCCACGCUUUCCUGUCACCGAAGAAGAAGGUGGCCCAGGCGGUGACUCUCACGGUGGCACAGGCCUUCCAGGUGGCCCUGGACCUCUGGGAAGCUGCACAGGCAGGCUCCAGGGAGGAGGGGGAGGCGGUGAGGCACCCCAUGGAAAGCACCCGCCAGCUGGCCAGGCCCCCUGUGGGCAGCCCCCCGCUCAAGACAGAAUUUGAGGAGGAAGAGGACGAGGAGGAGGAGGAGGAGGAGGAAGGUGAUCUCGGGGAGGCCUUCUCCCGGUAGGCUUCCGAAGGCCCUGCCAGCCCCCGCCCUUGGUGCCUGUGGGGCCGAGGAUUUCCGCUGCCCCUGGAGGGGCGGGAGUUCAUUUUUGGCCCCCAAAUGGCUGCUGGCCUUGUGGAGUGAGUAGAGGUGCUCCUCUGACCUAUCUCUGUUCUCUGCUUCAAGCUGCAUGGAGGAGGGCCCCCGCCCCACCGGCGCAGGUGCUCUGGGGCGGCUUCCUCUGGGGGGCUCCCCAGCCGCAGCGUUCCACUCCGUGGCGGCCUGGGGCUGCAGCCCCCACACCAGCUGCCUGCCUCCAGGGACGCUUUUCUAAGGCUCCUGCUGGUGUUGCUGCCGCCGCCUGUCUCCAGCCCCUCGUUGCACAAAGGACCAGCCAGGCUCCCCGUCUGCUCUCCAGCCCCACAUCCCCCCCCCCACAUACCGCCUCAUUGCCUUCCUCAGCCUCUGCCCCGGCAGCACUCCAGGCACUUAGGGGGACCUGUGCUGGGCCUGAUGCUGCCUCCUGCAGCGGGUCCAGAACUCCCGUGGGGCGGGCGGGGGGCUGGGCAGGCGCCAGCCAGGUCAGCUCUGUGAGCCCCAAUCCGUGAGGGGCGACCCUGCGUGAGAAGAAGCCGUGGCACUUCCAGUUCUCCUGCUCCACUGUAUUUGGGGGGGGUCUGGGGGGCGCUGAGGCAGCCUGGACUUUGCCGCCCUGCCUCCCAUGGGCCUCUUCCCCACCUCACCCCCCACCCCGUCGUGCAUCACUGCCAAAUCACAGCUUUGUAGCAAAAGACUAGUUUUUAAUGUCCUUUUCUAGAGGGAAAUAAACCAUUUCUACUGUU